CCGCCGAAGAGUGGACUUAUACAGAAACUAGUAGCCGAUACCCAGAAACUACUCGCACAAUGGAAAGCCCCCACGAACACCAACAGAGCCUCCUUCUUGGACGCAUCAUCACCAAUGUGGAGAAGCUGAAUGAGGCCGUCAUGGUCCUGAACAAAAGCCUUCAGGAAAUCAACAUCCAGAACAUGAAUGUUGAGCUUGUUGCUCAGAUGUUCAAGAACUACCAAUCCAAUGUUCUCUUCCACCUAGAAGCUACGGAUAGCUUGAAAGAUCCUGCUUGAGGCUGAAAGUCAAUUGCUACUAAACCUUCUCUUUCACAUUUUGUUUUUGGGAAAUUUCCUUUCAGGUUGUUACCCAUGAUCACGCAAACUUGCGGCGGUCACUAGGGCGGCAGGCGGCUUUUGGCGCACGGAUCAAGGGCCUGGUUGCCGGAGCUUGGGAUGCUUGGACGAUCACGGCGCGGCUUCUGGAGUAACUCGAGACUUAAGAGUGACAACAUCUUUAACGAAUACACAACAACGGCC